AUGUCGGACACCCGUCGGCGGGUGAAGGUCUACACCCUCAACGAGGAUCGGCAAUGGGACGACAGGGGUACCGGGCACGUCUCCUCCACCUACGUGGAGCGGCUGAAGGGGAUGUCGCUGCUGGUGCGCGCCGAGUCGGAUGGUUCGCUACUGCUAGAAUCGAAGAUAAAUCCAAAUACUGCAUAUCAAAAACAGCAGGACACCCUGAUUGUCUGGUCAGAAGCAGAAAACUAUGAUUUAGCACUGAGUUUUCAAGAAAAAGCUGGCUGUGAUGAAAUCUGGGAAAAAAUCUGCCAGGUUCAAGGUAAGGAUCCUUCAGUGGAAGUCACACAGGACCUUAUUGAGUCAGAAGAGGAACACAUAGAAGAAAUGCCUGAAACUAGUCCUUUGAUUGACCUUCCUACUUGUGAACUCAACAAACUUGAAGAGAUUGCUGACCUAGUUACUUCUGUGCUCUCCUCACCCAUCCGUAGAGAAAAGCUAGCACUGGCCUUGGAGAAUGAGGGCUACAUUAAAAAACUAUUACAGCUUUUCCAAGUCUGUGAGAAUUUAGAGAACACUGAAGGCUUACAUCACUUAUAUGAAAUUAUUAGAGGAAUUUUGUUCCUCAACAAAGCAACUCUGUUUGAGGUGAUGUUUUCAGAUGAGUGUAUUAUGGAUGUUGUUGGAUGCCUUGAGUAUGAUCCUUCUUUGGCUCAGCCAAAACGGCACAGGGAGUUCUUGACCAAAACAGCGAAAUUUAAGGAGGUUAUUCCUAUAACAGACUCUGAACUCAGGCAAAAAAUCCAUCAGACUUACAGGGUACAGUAUAUUCAGGACAUCAUCUUGCCGACACCAUCUGUUUUUGAAGAGAAUUUUCUUUCUACCCUCACUUCCUUUAUUUUCUUCAACAAAGUUGAGAUUGUCAGUAUGUUGCAGGAAGACGAGAAAUUUUUGUCUGAAGUAUUUGCACAGUUAACAGAUGAAGCUACAGAUGACGACAAGCGAUGUGAAUUGGUUAACUUUUUCAAGGAGUUCUGCGCAUUUUCUCAGACAUUACAACCCCAGAACAGAGACGCAUUUUUCAAAACUUUGGCAAAGUUGGGAAUUCUUCCAGCUCUUGAAAUUGUAAUGGGAAUGGAUGAUCUGCAGGUUAGAUCUGCUGCUACAGAUAUAUUUUCUUAUCUAGUAGAAUUUAGCCCAUCCAUGGUCCGAGAAUUUGUAAUGCAAGAGGCCCAGCAGAGUGACGAUGUAAGUAAAAGUGGUUUGGAAUUUGAAUAUACUAGUCUUAGAGAUAUCCUCCUCAUCAAUGUGGUCAUUGAGCAGAUGAUCUGUGAUACUGAUCCUGAGCUUGGGGGAGCUGUUCAGCUAAUGGGGCUUUUGCGUACUCUGAUAGAUCCAGAGAAUAUGUUGGCCACAGCUAAUAAAACAGAAAAAAGUGAAUUUCUCAAUUUCUUCUACAACCAUUGUAUGCAUGUUCUUACUGCGCCCCUUCUGGCUAAUACAUCAGAAGAUAAAUGUGAAAAAGAUAAUUAUCAAACAGCACAACUACUUGCCUUAAUUUUGGAGCUGCUUACUUUUUGUGUGGAGCACCACACAUACCACAUCAAGAAUUACAUUAUGAACAAAGAUCUGCUUAGAAGAGUACUGGUCUUGAUGAAUUCGAAACACACGUUCCUGGCCUUGUGUGCUCUUCGCUUUAUGAGAAGGAUAAUCGGCCUAAAAGAUGAAUUUUAUAAUCGUUACAUCACCAAGGGGAACCUGUUUGAACCAGUUAUAAAUGCUCUCUUGGAUAAUGGAACUAGGUACAAUCUGCUCAACUCUGCUGUGAUUGAGCUGUUUGAAUUCAUCAGAGUGGAAGAUAUUAAGUCCCUUAUUGCACAUAUAGUUGAAAACUUUUAUAAUGCACUUGAAUCUAUCGAAUACGUUCAGACAUUCAAGGGACUGAAGACAAAAUAUGAGCAAGAAAAAGACCGACAGAGCCAGAAACUGAAUAGUGUUCCAUCUAUAUUGCGUAGCAAUAGAUUUCGCAGAGAUGCAAGAGCUUUAGAGGAGGAUGAAGAAAUGUGGUUCAAUGAAGACGAAGAGGAAGAAGGUGAAGCUGUUGUACCUCCAGUUGAGAAGUCAAAACAGGAGGAUGAUUUUCCAGAUAGUUACGAAAAAUUUAUGGAAACUAAAAAAGCUAAAGAGAGCGAAGACAAAGAGAAUCUACCAAAAAGGACUUCAGCUGGGGGAUUCAAAUUCACUUUUUCCCACUCAGCCAGUGCAGCCAAUGGUGCAAAUGGUGCAAACAGUAAAUCUGUGGCAGCUCAGACAUCACCAGCAAGCUCAAACAGCUCCUCUUCAAAGAACACAACCCUGACCACAGCAGUGACGGCCACAAAGGGAAGUCUGGUUGGCCUAGUGGAUUAUCCUGAUGAUGAAGAUGAUGAUGAAGAGGAGGAGACAUCUCCACGGAAAAGACCUCGUCUGGGUUCAUAAAUUAAACCAAAACUUUGGAAUAAACUAUUAUUAUGGGGUUUCAAAUGCUGCAACUGUUUUAAGAGCUAAAAAGGAUCUGAUUCAGAAAGCUUUUUCCCAUGAGUAUAUAAGAUAAUACAAGGAGUAGCAAAAGAAACUCACUGUAUCAGCUAGAAAGGGUUAGUUCUGUAAACACAAAGCUUCCAAGGAACUUAAUGUCUUUCUAGUAAGUAAGAAGUCUGCCAUUCUGGCUGUCAAAAAAAAAAAAACAAAACAACAAAACCACACACAAAAAGAAGUGGGUUAGUAUUCAGAGGACCUGGAUGAUGGCUUCUCAGCAAGG